GUCAUUGUCCUGAGGGGUGUUGCUUCCUGAGUAGGUAGCCACGGACUCUAAAUAUCUCCACGACUUUGCCCAGCCAGCAUUACAAGAACAUAUACUGCACAUCACCAUGACUGUGUUAGUGCCAGUGAAGGUAAUAAAGAUGACAAUUUUGAUGUCAGUUAUUUUUUUGCUGUCUAUUAAGACAGGAUUAUGCAUGAAGCAGACUGACACCUGUAGGCCUUUUUGUACUGGGAGCGACUGCAUAACUUUACAUCACGACAGAGCGGAUUUUAAAACAGCUCAGGAAGCGUGCCGUGACAGACGUGGAGAGCUGGUGACAUUUCAGCUUGCAGAUGACCAUAUCGUUGACAUUUUGAGUCAAGAAUUGUAUGGAAACUUCUGGAUUGGACUGCGUUUACCACUUGGCGCCUGCAGCAACCUUUCGACUCCACUGAGAGGCUAUGAGUGGGCCUCUGGUCCUAUGCACAGGAGCUUUAUUCCAUCCUUGAAGACCUGGAAAGACAGCGUUGAAGUCUGCUCUCCACGCUGCGUGUCACUUUCGAACGAUCAAAAGUGGACAGAGAGGUCGUGCUCGGACAAAAUUAGCGGGUUUCUGUGCAGAGCGAAGCACAAAGAUGCAUGCCAGGCACAAGAAUUAUCAGAUUCAAAUGUUUUCCAGAGUUCUGACGGCUGUUCAAGUGGCCCUUGUGAGCAUACGUGCACAGUUGUAAAAGGAGGUUAUAAAUGCUCUUGUUUCAGAGGAUUUAUCCCAGACAGCAAGGAUCCCAGGCGGUGCAAAAUGUACUGCGCACAACAGACAUGCCCCGUGAUAUGUGACGGACACAGUGACAGUGAAUGCAGCUGUCCUGAUGGCUUUAUAAAAAAUGACAAAUUUUGUGAGGACAUCGAUGAAUGCGUGAUGGAUGGAUGUGAUCAGGAGUGUAAAAACACAUUUGGAAGUUUUGAGUGCUCCUGCAGAGAGGGAUUUGUACUUAAAGAUCAAGUGAAAUGCAUCAACGCGACUCCUAUUGUCAUAGGUGCUGUUAAACCAGCCGCCACUAAUAACACGCUGACGGGUUCUUCUGCUCCUGCUGGUGGUUUUGUCUGGAUCUGGAUUUCUGUUGUCAUUGCUGUGGUAGUUUUUAUAAUCGUGAUACGGUUUUAUGUUGUUAAGCGUCAGAAGCACAGGGAACAGAGCUCCAGUCAACAGUCUUCUGCUCCUGUGGACAAUAUCGAGUGUUAAAUGCAGUCCAACAAAUGAUGAACACUAACUCUGAGGUAUUUACAAUUUGAGAGACUUGUGUACUCACUCAUGACAUUUAUCAGAUGACUGCAGUAGUUUUUGAUUCUCUGAUUCUUGAAUUUAGGUAAAAUGCAUCCUAAAAUCUUAAUAAUGUCAAUAUAUAUGAAUGAUUAAUGAAUGAAUGAUGAUUAUUUGAAAGGCGGGGGGGCUUUUUUUAGCAAUCGAAUUCACUUCAUAUAAGCAUUAUUAUGCAUUUGCAGCAGUAACAUACAAGACAUAUUAAUGUUGUACUGUUUUGAAAUACUGCUUGAUAGUUGAAAAAUCGAAAUUGUUCUCGUUUUCUGAGAACUUUCAUAUUUGAAAUGUUAAUCUGCAAAAAAGUUAAGUAAAACUGCCAGACGAACAGUCAGCAGCAGCAGCAAAAGGUAAGAUAGAGCUGAGUCGAGAAGAGUCUCUCAAAAUGGAAAUCCUCAGGGGAAGUGCCAGCGUGACUGUGUUCUCUUCAGGACUGACUUUGUUUUUAUAGAAUAAACAUUAAUGUUUGCACCUAUGCAUGUAGCUGUUCAUUCAUUCAUAACACCAACUCAUUGUUGGCAUCGUUCUUGUCCUUAGAGCGCCAUCUACUGUUCUUUUGAGCAAAUUGCUGAAACAGGGGGGAAAACCAACCACCAACACAACAGGGAAACAUUACUUCCUGAUUUCCUAACAAAACUUUUUAUUUUGAAAUCGGCUGCUACAUUAAAACAGAUGUAAACUUUCAGACGUGCAUACUUAUUUUCUAGUGAAUCCUCAUGUGUUGACAAUUAUUUGAUGGCCAAUCAUUGCUCAUUGCAGCAUGCUGGGAGAUCUUUGGUAAGACAACCAUCAGAUUUCCAGACGACACAAUUUGAAAGGCAAAAGAGACUGUUUUUGGUGAAGGACAUUUUUAUGUAUAACAUAAGGAAGAGCACAAAAAUAAAUGAUCAAAUUUUUAACACC